AUGGCAAACCUUGAAAAAAUAACUAGUGAUCAUGAAAAGAUGAUCAGGAUGUUAAAGGAUGCUAACAAGAGACUUGAACGGGAAAUAGCUAACUCUUCAGAAAUUAGUCCCAAAACAAAAGAAAAGUUCACCAACAUAAACUUAUUUGUAAUUCAACUAAUUGUGUUGAUACCAUAUUCACCAAAAAAUGAUAAAAGUGUAGAUGAUUUUAUUAUAACCUUACUAAUAUUUAGGAAAGCUGUUGAUGAUUCUGCUAGAAUUCAAAUAUUGGAUCAUAAGAACAAACCUUUCCUAACAAUGAGAAACGUUUCAAAAUUUGAUAUUCAUUUGAGCGAAUUAAGUGAAUUAGCUAAAUCAAAAGCUUCAACAAAAAAUUUAAUAAAUUUGAUAGAAUUGCUAUAUUUUAUAAAAAAUAUUAUUAAAACAAUAAUAUGUGAUAAAAUUAGACUGAUAAAUGAGUUUGUUGAUCAAAAUAUACAGAGUAUAGCAUUCACCACAGAUUUACCAUCGCCACCAUCAAAUAAUAGUGUAUUCACUACACUUAACACUCCUACAUUUUAA